AUGGCGGUCAAGAAAUAUAAAAAAAUUACACCUUUAACUGAAGAGGUGAUAGUAGGUAUGAUUAUCAAUUGGAGAUUAGGAGCAGAUUCGGACUCGGAUUCAGAUUCAGUUGACGAAGAACCAGGAGUAAUUAAGGCUGAAGCCUCGACCAAAACACCUUUAAAACAAAAUAAUAUUGCGCCGAAAGAAGUCGUCGAGGUAUCUGAAGGUAUGACAGAGGUAAAAGCAAAGCUGACGGAACUGAAAGAGAUCUUUACAACAACUUCCAAUGAUAUGGAAUGGCAACAUAUUAGGACAGAGGCUUUAGUUUGUAGACGUUGA